CUCUCCACCUGAUUUCCGCCGGUGAUUGCUUUCGUACUCCUCUUUGAUUUAGGAAGUUGAAAUAUAUGUAUAUUGAAGCUUUGUAAUUAUCGAGUUGGAAAAGUUUAUUUUCAGUUUAUUUUAAUUUUUAAUCUUGUCUAAUUUUUUUUUUUCAAUUUUAUCAGAAGUGAUGUUUUUCCCUUCAACCCCAAAUCCAAUUCAUAAAAGUUCCAUAAUGCUAGACCCAACCACUGAUUUGAAUCAUUUUAAUGCUGAAUUCCCAUUAUUAUCAGCUACUGAUGAAACUAAUUCUACCACUCAAACAUCAAACAGUAAUGCUACUACUAGUACUGCUGCUACUCCUGCUGCCACUGCUGCUGCUGCUGCUGCUGCUGCUUCUACUUUUGCUAAUGCAGUAAUGGAAGAACCUGCUUUGGGAAAUUUUAUUUCUCCAAUGAAUCCAAUUACUUAUAAUAACCAAACCAAUAUGAAUGCUGGACAUUCAUAUGAUCAUGGUCAUUAUGGGUUCAAUCUUGAUAAUGGAAAUCAAGCUAUUCCAAAUGAUUAUUAUGCAUCAUAUAAUAAUCAAAUGAAUACUGAUUCUUCAUUAUUAUCUACAUCAUCAAUUCAAUCAUUUUUUGAAGGUAAUGAAAUUGAUAAUACUGGAUAUUAUUCAAAUCAAUCUCAACCAAUUCAACUGAAUCUGUUAAUAUCGGUGAAUUCCUUUGAUAAUAGUAAUCAAAAUAAUAUUGACUUGAAUAACUAUUAUUAUAAUAAUCCAUCUACAUACCAACCAUCGUAUCAACAAGUUGCUCCAACAAUUCCAGCUCCUCAGCCAGCUCCACAACCACAAUAUACUGCAUCUCCUAUGGCUAAUUCAAUUUCUCAAAGUUCCACCAGUUCAUUAUUACCACCAAGUUACAUUAAGAGAGAAAGCCCUGAAUAUGAAAGUUAUAACCCAGUAGUUAGUGCUACUGGUAAAAAAAGAUAUCGUGUCAUCAGAGGGGUUUCUGCCGGAGGAUCUUCUACUAGACCACCAAAACAAUCAGCUGAAAGUGAUUCAAUUUUCUUACCGGUUCAAUUAGAAUUAAAGGGAGCCGGUGUGGAAGAUAUUUGUUAUCCCAAAUGGUCAAACUCCGAAAAGAAGGAUCGUCGCCGUAUCAUACGAAUUGAAAGAAGACAAAAUGGACCUAAAUUAAGCGUUGAUUUUUCAAUAAUUGGAAGUGCAGAAGAACAUCCAGAAACAUUACCUGCCGAUGUUGAUGUUGAUGUUGUUGAAGUCAGUUGUUUAGAAUGUUCUGUUGUUCCUAACAAUCACGGUGGCUUAAAUGAUGAUUAUGAUAUUAGUAGUCCAUCAAGUGAAGACUGUUAUAUUGGCAACGAACAAGAGGCUUAUCAAUAUUACAUUACUAGUGUUGAAGUUGUUGAAAUUGUGGAAUUAUUAAUUGGUACCCAAUUAAAAGAUCCUGCUCAAAGAAGAAGAGAACGAGGAAGAGUAAGAAGUAACUUGGUACCGUUCUGGUCCAAAAAAUCAAUUAGCUCCAGAAUGGAUAAUGACUCAAAUUCUCCAAUUAUGAAUGGCGGAUUACCCACCAAUCAAGAUUAUAGAGUUGAAUUGGCUAAAAGAAUUAUGGGCUACGAAAUCAGAAAACCAAGAGGCUUUGAUAAAGAAGUUCGUAUUUUGAGAUGGGAUAAAUUGGUACCUGCUUUAACCAGAGCUCUACAAAGUUACUAUACUGAAAUCCCACUGAGUGACGCUCACUUAGAAUUUUAAUUUUGUUCAUUUUAAUUUUUUUUGUUUUAUAAUAAUAAUGUUUCUUUCUUGUCUUUUGUGUUGAUACUUUAAUAUAGGGUUUUCUUUGGGUUUAUUAUUUUCAUUUAAUCAGUUGCUGCUGAUAUGACGGUGUUGCUUUUCUCCAAGUUGGAUCUGAAGAUAUUUUUUUCAUUGUUGAUUGUCUUGCUUUUACUUAAUUUUUAUUUUUUUGUUUCCCCAUUCCCAUUUGCUUCUACAGCUUCUAAUUCGGAUUUCUCCAAGUAUGAAAAGAAAAUGACAUAUUCAAAAAACAAAAAAACAAAAAAAG